CUGGCUGCCGUCAACUUAGAUCGACUUUUCUGUCGUGAGGCGAUCCGAGCAGGGAUCAGAAGUCGCCGCCUUUACAUAAAACGUCCUUUUCUUUCUCCAGAUGACUCUUCGACACACUCGUAUAGCUGUGCAACUCCAUUCGAAAUCUCUCAUCUACAAGCACGGAUAUGUGUAGGACACGAGGAGGGGUCAACUUAGUUCGACGCUUCGUCGUGAGGCGAUCCGAGCGGGGAUCAGAAGUUGACACCGUCUCCACCUGGACCGACACAUUUUCUCUCUACAUGGAUUGUUCGACCACUCCACCCGAUCUAUUCGACUUCCACUACACUUCGAUCCAAUCGGGGAUCAGAGGUGUGUCACAGUUCAGCGUGCUUUCCAAGUUUGUUUUUCAGUGGUCCUUAACAUGGAUCGGAACAUUGCCUUAUAGUCCAAAAUCGAUAGUGUAUAAUGUUGCACCCUAUGGCAUUGAUUUGCUUGGAACCGAUUACUUUUUUAUUCAGAUCGGAGCUGGGAUCGUUCUGACGAAACGAGAGAAGUGUUCGCCAUCUUAA